UGAUUGCCACAUAUGGCAACUGGCAAGGAAAUUAACAAACAAGAAAAAUGAACGUAACCUCAAAACAACGUGUGUAAUAUGUUUUUAAAUUUAAACACCAUUUGGGAUCAGUAAAUAUGAGUGAUUCAGAACUUAGUAUUAGUGACUUGGAAUUACAGGAGAGCUUUGCACGAGGCAUUUUAAAGCCGGGUCUAAACAAAAUUGAAAAAGCUCCGAAAACCUUUGUAAAUGACGUGAAAGGACUGAAACAAAAACUUAAAGAAAUCAAGUUAAAGUUACCCUGGCUAGAAAGAUUAGAUUGCGUUAAUUCUCAGGCACCGUUAGCCCCCGAACUUGCAGUUAAAAUUUUUGACCAAGAAAACAAAAGACAAAAUCAACUUAAAAACAACAAAAAACUGAAGCAAUAUAGUCCAAGUGAAGAUCCAGUUCUCAAUGAUUUUAAAAGGGAGACCAUGUUUUAUCGUCAAGCUCAAGCUGCUGUGUGUGAGGCGAUUCCGAAGUUGAACGCUCUGGGAAUACCAACGAAGAGACCUGAUGAUUAUUUUGUGGAGAUGGCGAAAACUGACAUUCAUAUGCAAAAAAUAAGGGAACAUCUUAUGCAGAAACAACAACAGCAGCAAAGGAGUGAGAGGGUUAAGCACCUGCGUCAACAAAGGAAAGAAGGAAAAAUGCUGCAGAUACAAACCAAGUUGCAAAGGCAACAAGAAAAAAAGGAGAUGAUGGAUCAAGUUAAAAAGUACCGAAAAGGUGUGUCAAAGGGUCUGGAUUUCUUGGAGAGUAAGAAAGGCAACUCUAUAUCCAGGAAAGCACUAGAAAAACGCAAAUUUAAAGACCAAAAAUUUGGAUUUGGCGGUAAAAAGAGGGGAUUAAAAAUAAACACCAAGGAGAGUGCCGGUGAUAUCAGUGAAUACAAAAGACAAAAGCCAGCAAAUAAAGGAAAACCUAAAAACAAAGUUAUGAAAAACAGACCAGGCAAAAGUAAACGAAUGAAGAACAAGUCCAAGAAGAAAUAAAGUUAUUAUAAUAUAAUUUAGCUAUAAGUUAUUGUUUGAUUUCCCAAUAAAAGAUACUUAAGGGUGCUA